AUGGGUGGGGGGGAUCAUUGCGUCGUUCAAAACUGCAACAACGAUAGAAGAUAUCCAAAUAAAUACGUUAUCAAAGACCAUAUUAACAGUUUUAAUGGUAGUUUGCAACUAAAAUUUUGGAGAUGCAAGGACGCUAAGAUGUUGCCUAAAUGGAAUUCAAAAAUUGGACUUUUUAGAAGUCAUUUUAGAGUUUCUCUUAACUCGCCAGUCGGUUCAAAUCAUUUUAAAAUGGGACGACCUACUAAUAUUUAUCCCUACCCCACAGAAUAUUUAAAUGGUUAUGAUAAUGAGCUAAAAAACCGAAAAUCUCCAUUAAAAAGAUCCUCAGAACUCAAUAAGAAAAAGUUUGUUGCUAAGCUUAGCGAUAAUCAUUAUCAAAAUGAAUAUAAUCACGAUCAAAAUAUAAUUAAUCAUGAUAAAAAUAAUGAUUAUCAUCAUCAAAAUGAAAAUACUCAGCCUAUGGAUAUUCAUUAUGAUCACGAUUAUGCAUUACCUGUUGUUCCUGUUUCUGUUUCGUUAGAAAAAGACUUAAAAAUACUUCAAAAUACUCCCAAAAGAAUACUAAAAAAACCUUUGUUAUUAAAACAUCGUAAACGAUUGCUGAGUAAGUUUUCUUUGAUACCGCAAGCAGAGUUUACUUGGAAUAGGUUAUCCCAUUCGGAUAGAUUGAUAAAGUUCUACACUGGGUGCACAAAAAAAGUAUUUAUGUUUUUAGUUAGUAAAGGAAAGAAAAAAUAUGAAAAUGUAUGUUAUUACAAGGGAAAACCUUCACAAUCUUUUAAAUUUAGAAGCGAGAAUAAAAAAAAACCAGGGAAUAAACGCACUUUAACAAUUGAGGAUGAAAUUCUACUAAUGUGCAUGAAGCUCCGACUAGACUUGGCUAUUCAAGAUUUAGCAUUUAGAUUUUCAAUUUCUAAUUCUCAAUGCUCAAGUAUAUUAACUACCUGGAUUACUUAUUUUGGAAAUGAGUUAAAACCUCUUCUUCUUUGGCCAACUGGAAAGUUACACAACGUAGAAGGUAUAAUAGACUGUACUGAGCAAAAAAUUCAGAAACCAUCAAAUGCGAAGGCACAGUAUCAAACAUUUAGUACUUAUAAAAGUUGUAACACAUUAAAAAAACUAGUUGUGACAACAAAAACUGGUUCUUUCAGUUUUAUCUCCAAAGCUUAUGGUGGCCAAGCUUCAGAUAGACACAUUACAGAGGACUGCAAUGUUAUUAAUAUGUUUUCUGAAGGAUCUGUUUGCUUGGCUGAUAAAGGUUUUAAUAUCCAAGAAUUGCUCUUAAAAAAAAAAGUCGUAUUGGUUUGUCCACCUUUUAAAAAAAAAGGACUACAUUUUACACGAACUAAAGUCCUCUCAGCCAAAGAAAUUGCUAGAUCACGAGUCCAUGUGGAGCGAUCAAUUCGACGACUUAAAGAAUUUAAAAUAUGUAAAAACGAGUUAUCACUAACAAUGCUAAAUCUCAUUGAUUACAUAUAUAUUAUUUGUGGAGCUUUAAGUAAUUUACAACCCUCAAUUUUAGGAUCAGAAUAA